AUGGCAGAUAUAAGCGACUCUCCUCCACCAACCCCGACACGUUUCUCAUACAGGUUCAAGAAUCGGAGUUCGCCUUGUGAAUUUGCUGACGCAUACUAUCCCGGGGGUCUCCAUCCAGUUCAUCUGGAUGAUUUCUUCAAUGAUGGCCAGUACAAGAUCAUUCGGAAACUUGGGGAAGGGUCAUUCUCCACUGUCUGGCUUGCUCAUGACUUGAAGAACUCUCGGUAUGUAGCCCUGAAGAUACUUGUCUCAGACAAAGAGAAACAAUCCCGAGAAUUGCAGAUUUUGCACUAUCUCGCCAAAGUCGCUCCUGUUGAAUCGGCACAUUACAUCACGCAACUUCUCGACGAGUUUGAGCACAAAGGUCCCAACGGCACACACAAAUGCCUUGUUUUUGAGGCCAUGGGCCCAUCCUUCUGUCAAAUGCUUCUGGACCCUCCGGGUAGAAGCAGGACAAGGCAUGACAAGAUGCAGUAUCCGCUUCAGACCGCAAAGCACAUCCUUAGGGACGUCUUGAAAGGUUUGAGCUUUCUUCAUAAGAACGGCAUUUCUCAUGGAGACUUCCAACCAGGAAACGCCCUUUUCCCACUAAACCAAAUUGAUUCCUACGAUGAAGCAGCCCUUCGCCAACCCCCGGAAAAAUGCAAAGGUCGUUCUAAAGUCCUAGUUGUGAGAAAAGACGGCAAGGAAGACAAAUGGGCACCUCAGUAUCUGUAUGCCGCAGAGCCGUUGUCUAACUACACAGGCCUUGAUGCGACCUUCAAGAUUCUCGAUGAGAACCUCGAAGUAAAGCUAUCAGAUAUGGGUGGCGCAUACUUCUUUAACGACCCGCCGAAGAAACCUGUCGUCCCUAUCGGUCUUCGAGCUCCUGAGCUAGUCCUGAAGGGUGAACUUCACAAGACUCAGGAUAUAUGGAGCUUCGGAUGUAUUCUUUUCGAAUUGAUCACUGGAAGACCUCUUUUCUAUAUAUUUGGUCCAUUCAAAGACGAGACCGAACCAGACGACGAACAUCUUCUUGAGGUUGUAGACAGGCUUGGCCCACUACCCGAUGAGCUUUACAGCCACUGGAAGACUUCCUCGCGCUACUACACCAAGGACAGAAAACUAUACAAUUGGGCGCUUGGUGGUGUCGAAGAAGGUGAAGAGCCGAAUAUGCCGGAACCGUCUCUACAAUCUACUAUGGAGGAAGCCUUCGACAAGGAGAGCCCAGAGAUGACCGACGAAGAGGCGGAGGAGGUCAAGAAACUCAUUCGAUGGAUUCUUCAGUAUAAUCCUGCCAAGAGACCCUCGGCUGAAGAGAUCCUAUGCCAUCCAUGGUUUGCGAAAGAUUCAAGUGAGAAGGCAGAGUAA